CGUUUAUUGUCACAAUAGUGACAUAUAUAGACUUCAAUGACGGCUCUGUGCUGAAGUAGCAUAUGUAUUGUGUUCGGUUAAAUAAUACUAAUUUUCUGCUUUAUUUUAUUUAAUGAUUUUCCGGGAAUUAUUACUGCCAAAUCGGUUUCCGCAAAUUCAUUGUUGUUUGAUAGAUACCGUCAUAUUUGCUGAAUUCCUAAUUCUGACCUUACGCACCAUGGUCAGUGGAUGGCGCCACAUAUCAUGUGACAGAAUCAGCGACGACGACCCACGUGUACUCAUUUCCUGUCAGCGUGGACCGAUCAACAAACUCUUUGAAAAGUCUGCCUUGGAGGGUUGUUACGCCAUGGACGAAUUAGCCGCAGACAUCAGAGCGUUUCUCCUCAACCACCCUUUUCUUCAGCUUACAGAUAGCAAAAAGAUCAAAUGUACUCUGAACGGCCACGAGAUGCCAUGCAACCUGGCGGAGCUGCAGAAAUUCACUAAAGGGAGGAAAUACGUGACGCUGAGUGCAGCCGCAGAGUUCAACUACAGCCAGUAUGAACCUCAUGUUGUUCCGAGCACCAAACAACCUAAGCAGUUGUUCUGUAAACUGACCCUGAGGCACCUCAACCGGCAGCCACAUCAUGUCCUGAGGCAUGUCAACGGGAAACGCUUCAAGAAGGCCCUCUGCAAAUAUGACGAGUGUGUGAAGCAAGGCAUCGAGUUCGUUCCAGCCGCGCUGAAACAAAAACGGCCCAAAGACACCAGAGACGACACUCGCGAGAGGCCCUCGAAUAAAGGCAGUACGUCGUGGGAACCCUCAUCCAGUGACGACGAUGAAAGCGACUCAGAAGACAGCCUGAGCGACCUCUACCCUCCGUCUAUGUUCACCUUGAAAAACGAGGCUGAAGACGAGAAGCAGGGUGUUGCUCAUGUGCCGGAAGACGACUUCAAGACAGACGAGGAGGAGGAAAUGGAGGUGGAAUCGCAGGGCCUGCAGAAACGGAAGAAGGUACAAGGCGGUGGUUUUCAGAAGAAAUUCAGAAAUAAUAACAACAAAUCGGGGCGUAAGAAAUCUGGAAAAGUGCCAAAUGGAAAGUAACAGGCAGAACGGCAUUCUUACAGUGGUUUUGGAACUGUUAAUUGGUCAGGGAGCCAAUCUGCACUUCUAGUUUGGAGUAGUAUUCCUCUCUGACCCGGCCUGAAGUUCAGUACAGGUGAACAUCCAGUAGAUUGUUCAUAUUUUCAGCAUAUGAAAGUUUUGUUUACCAAGGUGUGAUGCUGCAAAGUUCCAAAGAGGCUGGGUCACGUGACGUACUGUCGACUGGAUGAGUUGUGUUGUAUGGUUUGUCCAGGUGUGCUGAUGUGCUGAUAUAAAAUACAACUGUUUGGAUUGGAAAACAUCGUGGGGUUUUUUUGUGUGUUGUUUUUUACCAGAAUAGGUAUAAAAUGCGUAAGAAAUAGGAAAGACCUUUACAAACGGCAGCUGUGUCAUGUGACAUCAAAGUACUAUUCAUAAAAUAAAUUUAUUUAUUUCACAAGAAAGAAAUAUAGCUUGACAUCUACUUUUCUUUGUAUAUAAUUUCUUAUGGGGUUUAGACAUUUCUCACAGGGGUCUUUAUAGUAUAGACUAGCUGAAGGUAGAGCAUGAAAAACAUAAUUAUGACAACAGCUCUUCCCGUGCAACAAUAAAUAAGUUCAGGGUGAACAGGUUGAGCCAAAAAACAUUCAAUCAAGAAAUAAUAUUACUUUGUGUCUCCUGGCGCUCGAUGCAACAGGUUCUUCUGAUUUAUAAGUGUAAUUUAUGAUUCUGAAAUAUCUUGUACAUCAAUUUUGAUGGCACAUCAUUUCUAGUCUUAACAGUGUUGACAUUUAGUAGUAGAUUACAUCAGUUGUAAUAGUGUACACUAAACUACAGUUUGUAAAAUCAUGUUUUUUUUUGCUUGGCUAACCUGAGUCCACGUUUAA